UGCUUUGUGUGUCUGGAUGGAAAGUCUUGAAGGGAAAUGGCCUCUCAGGUCAAACAUGCCAGAGUGUACAUCUGCCAUGUAAUAGUUGUGUUAUCUUGAGCAAUAUAUCAAGCCUUUAAGUCUCAUUUGUAAUGGAAGAAUAAUAAUACAUCUAUUCUGCUAAAUGCUAGAAUGAAACAGUUGCCUGCAGCAACAGUUCGCCUCCUUUCAAGUUCUCAGAUAAUCACUUCAGUGGUCAGUGUUGUAAAAGAGCUCAUUGAAAACUCCUUGGAUGCUGGUGCUACAAGCAUAGAUGUUAAACUGGAGAACUAUGGAUUUGAUAAAAUUGAGGUUCGAGACAAUGGUGAGGGUAUCAAGGCUGUUGAUGCACCUGUAAUGGCAGUGAAGUACUAUACCUCAAAAAUAAAUAGUCAUGAAGAUCUGGAAAAUUUGACAACCUAUGGUUUUCGUGGGGAAGCCUUGGGGUCAAUUUGUUGUGUAGCUGAGGUUUUAAUUACAACAAGGACAGCUGCUGAUAAUUUUAGCACUCAAUAUGUUUUAGAUGGCAGUGGCCACAUACUUUCUCAAAAACCUUCACAUCUUGGUCCAGUAACCGGUCUAAUCUGGAUGACCAGUGGAUCUGUAUCACUCAUACUUCUCAUGCUUUUAUGUAUUCAUCUCCAUGGGAACUAUGAAAUAACAAUCCUUAAAUAUGGACUCCACCUGAUCUUUGCCCUUUUGCUGACUGAUUUUUCUUUGCCUGCUGACAUCAGUCUUCUACCUUUAGUGAGACCAGGUACAACUGUAACUGCUUUGAGAUUAUUUAAGAAUCUACCUGUCAGAAAACAAUUUUAUUCCACUGCUAAAAAAUGUAAAGAUGAAAUUAAAAAGGUCCAGGAUCUCCUCAUAAGUUAUGGUGUCCUUAAACCUGACUUAAGGAUUGUUUUUAUACACAAUAAGGCAGUUAUUUGGCAGAAAACUAGAGUAUCAGACCACAAGAUGGCUCUCAUGUCAGUUCUGGGGACUGCUGUUAUGAGCAACAUGGAAUUUUUUCAGUACCACUCUGAAGAAUCUCAGAUUUAUCUAAGUGGAUUCCUUCCAAAGCAUGAUGCAGACCACUCUUCCACAAGUCUUUCAACCCCAGAGAGGAGUUUCAUCUUUAUCAAUAAUCGACCAGUACAUCAAAAAGACAUAUUAAAGUUAAUACGACAUUAUUACAAUCUGAAGUGCCUAAAGGAAUCUACUCGUUUAUAUCCCAUUUUCUUUAUGAAAAUUGAUGUUCCUAUAACUGAUGUGGAUGUUAAUUUAACACCAGAUAAAAGUCAAGUAUUAUUACAGAAUAAGGAAUCUGUUUUAAUUGCUCUUGAAAAUCUGAUGACAACUUGUUAUGGACCACUACCUAGUACAGAUUCUUGUGAAAAUAAUAAAACAGAUGUUUCCUCAGCUGACAUGGUUGUUAGUAAAACAGCAGAAACAGAUGUGCUUUUUAAUAAAAUGGAAUCAUCUGGAAAUAAUUAUCCAAAUGUUGAUACGUCAGCCAUUCCUUUCCAAAAUGAUGUCUGUAAUGGUGAAUCUAGAAAAAACACUAAUCAUUGUUCAGAUCACCAGAUAAGUAUUGAUAAGCAUUGUAAUGACCAUUUUAGUGCUGAAAAUUAUAGCAUUAGUAAAGACACUAGAAAUACAUUUCAGAAAAUCUCAAUGAAUAAUUUAUUAUGGGAGGACAAACAGAGUGAAUAUAGUGAAACUUGUUUUGUAGGUUCUAUUAAGCAUACCCUAUUAGAAAAUGACAAUGAAGGCCAUAUAGAUGAGAGUGAGGAAAAGGAGGAGGAAGCAGUUUCUGAGAAGCCUUUGGAAAUUUGUGCAGAUGACUGGAGCAAGGGAAAUAUACUUAAGAAUUCAGAGGGAGAGAAUAUUGAACCUGUGAAAAUUUUAGUGCCUCAAGAAAGUUCAGCAUCUAAAGUAAGUACUAAUAAUUAUGCAGGCCUUGAACAAAAGAAUCCCAGUGAUGAUACCUUUAUCAAAAAAUCAAAUGUAAUAGAUAGCAAAUCUGGACAACUUACAGCCUAUGAUUUAAUCAGCAGUCGAGUAAUCAAAAAACCCAUGUUAGCAAGUGCCCUUUUUAUUCAAGAUCAACGUGCUCAGUUUCUCACAGAAAAUCCUAAGACUAGUUUGGAGGAUGCAACAGUACAAAUUGAAGAACUGUGGAAGACAUUGAGUGAAGAGGAAAAACUGAAAUAUGAGGAAAAGGCUACUAAAGACUUGGAGCGAUACAAUAGUCAAAUGAAGAAAGCCAUUGAACAGGAGUCACAAAUACUAAAAGAUGGCAGGAAAAAGAUGAAACCCACCAGCACAUGGACUUUGGCACAAAAGCGCAAGUUAAACACCUCAUUAUCCAAUCAACCAAAACUUGAUGAGCUUUUUCAGUCCCAAACUGAAAAAAAAAGGAGUGAAAGCAUUAAAACAGUACAGAUUCCCUUUUCUAUGAAAAACUUAAAAAUAAAUUUUGAGAAACAAAAAAAAAUUGACUUAGAAGAGGAUGAAUUUUUCUUGAUCCACAAUCUCAGGUUUCCUGAUGCAUGGCUAAUUACAUCCAAAACAGAAAUAAUGUUACUGAAUCCAUACAGAGUAGAAGAAGCCCUGCUAUUUAAAAGACUUCUUGAGAAUCAUAAACUUCCUGCAGAACAACUGGAAAAGCCAAUUAUAUUAACAGAGAGUCUUUUUAAUGGAUCUCAUUAUUUAGAGGUUUUAUAUAAAAUGACAACAGAUGACCAAAGGUACAGUGGUUCAACUUACCUGUCUGAUCCUCGUCUUACAGCAAAUGGUUUCAAGAUAAAAGUGAUGUCAGGCAUUUCCGUUACUGAAAACUACUUAGAAAUAGAAGGAAUGGCUAACUGUCUCCCAUUCUAUGGAGUAACAGACUUAAAAGAAAUUCUUAAUGCUAUAUUAAACAAAGAUGCAAAGGAAAUUUAUGAAUGUAGACCUCGAAAAGUGAUAAGUUACUUAGAGGGAGAAGCAGUGCGUCUAUCUAGACAAUUACCCAUGUAUUUAUCAAAAGAAGACAUCCAGGAUAUCAUCUAUAGAAUGAAGCAACAAUUUGGAAAUGAAAUUAAAGGGUGUGUUCAUGGUCGCCCAUUUUUUCAUCAUUUAACCCAUCUUCCAGAAACAACAUGAUUAAAUAUGCUUAAGAAAAUAAGUUACUGUUGAAAUCAACAUGCCCUUAAGACAAGUCCAUGUCUAAACCAAUUUUGUAUCAUGUGUCAGUUAUUUUAUAAAUGAGGAUUCACUGACUUGUUUGUAUAGAAAAAAAUUUCAAAAAUAUAAAAUAAAUAUGUA